AUGUUUUCAGUAAUCUCGACUCUAUUCAGAACCAUAUGUUAUCCGCUUAAUCUUGUAUUCGGUUCCGUCUACAGGGCUUUGUGUGGCUGGAUUCCAUCAGCGAGCACUGCAUUGAAACCAGAGCCUGAGGAUACGACACCGGCUGGAAAUGAUAUAUCCGAUUCCCCCGCCUCCCACAUCGAAAUUCGGAUAAUCCAUCAGUAUCUUCCGGGGGUUUCAGAGAUCAUUGGUUGGGGUGGUGGAAGCUACAUCGGCCUUGUUGAUGACACGACUGUCUUGAAAUACCCACAUGUUCCUGGGGACCGGCAAAGCCUUGAAGUAGAGGCUCAACUUCUUCAGCGUCCUUCCCCUCCAUGGCUCCCUCUGAUUUCACCUCAUAUCGCCAAAGCGACGGUUUUCAUUAUCAACACUUGGGGCUAG